GCAACAAUUACUGGAAUUGGAGCGAACUGACGACACGAUGCAUCUUGGGGGUUGACAGCUAGACCGCAUGUCGUUAUUAUAGAGCUCCAGGCGCCGGCCAUCGUUCUCUGUGUUUGAUCCAGGCUGUCGACGCAGUUGCUUAAUAAGAUAAGCCUGUCUUCACGUUGAGCGGGCAACUCCGCUCUGUCCUACACUUCUUCGAAACGCCCAGUGGCCAGUCUCUAGCGGCGUGGUCAAGUCAUUUUUGGAUCAAUUGGAUAGAGAAUUUCGGAUUCGAAACAUUAUGAGGUGCUAUUGACAAACAGUCAGACAUGAUGGACGAACGGGGUAUUGGCACCUCGUCGCCUGUUCCUCGAAAACGACCCAACUUCUCCGCGCGAACAGCGGCGGAAGAUGUUGCUAGGUUGGCACCGAGCGAGUCGCCGGAUGCAUCCCCAGAGCGAAAGCACAGGUCAUUGCGUCAAGGUUCUGCUGCAUCAGAUCAGCCUUACGAGCCGGCGGCGUCCGCAUCCCAGACGUCUUAUCGCCAUGAUCCCCUACCGUUACCGUCGAGUUUCUGGGGCCGAGUGUCUCGUUGGUUACACAAUCGUGGUGAGCGUGAUAGUCAGGGACGAUGUCAAGGUGACAUGCAACCACACUCGUCACUAGACACUGCGCUCGCUCGAGAAUCGAACUAUGGCAAAAGAGACAGGAAUAGGCACAAGCACCAGUCGGUUGAUGACAGUGGCAAAUUGGGGACAUUCUCGGGCGUUUUUGUGCCCACCACUUUGAACGUCCUGAGUAUUCUGAUGUUCCUGAGAUUUGGGUUUAUUCUGGGCCAGGGGGGAGUGCUGGGAAUGAUGGGAUUACUCAUUGUCUCAUAUGCCAUCAAUUUGGUGACAACGAUGUCUCUUUCGGCAAUUGCUACCAAUGGUACUGUGAGAGGAGGCGGAGCCUACUAUUUGAUAUCUCGAUCUCUUGGACCGGAGUUCGGUGGCUCUAUCGGCAUGGUCUUUUACCUGGGCUAUGUUUUCAAUACAGGCAUGAAUGCUGUUGGCCUAGUUGACUGUUUUACCCAGAACUUCGGUACCGAAACUGGAACCUGGGCGAAUUUUCUCGAGGAGGGGUUCUGGUGGCAAUACCUCUGGAGCACUAUCAUCUUGAUCAUCUGUACCGGGAUCUGCUUGGCUGGUAGCUCCAUUUUUGCGCGGGCCAGCAAUGGUUUGCUGGUAAUUCUCCUUAUUGCAACCUUCAGCAUCCCAUUCUCUGCAUUGUUUAUGAGACCUUUCAGCAUUCCACGUCUGGGUGUGGAGUUUACCGGAGUCCGUCUCCAGACAUUUAUGCAGAACCUCAAACCAAAGCUUACAAAAGGGGCUGCUGGAAGUCAAGUUCAUGGAAGGGAAAACUUUCAAGACCUUUUCGGAAUUCUUUUCCCUGCCACGGGUGGCAUUUUUGCUGGUGCGAGUAUGUCCGGAGAUCUGAAGAAUCCGAGUAAAUCCAUUCCUAAGGGUACACUCUCCGGCUUAGCUUUAACCUUUGUGACUUAUACCCUGGUGAUUUUCGCAAUGGCUGCCUCAAUUACCAGGGAGUCGUUCUAUAAUAAUCUGAAUGUCAUUCAAGUUGCCAAUUUGUCAGGUACGAUUGUGCUUCUAGGAGAAUUUGCCUCGACAUUCUUCUCAGCCCUUAUGGGAGUCAUUGGAUCAGCCAAACUGCUCCAAGCAAUCGCUCGAGACAAUCUUCUUCCGGGGUUAGAGAUCUUUGGCAGAGGCACGCGGAAAAGUGAUGAGCCUGUCAAUGCAAUUAUAAUCACCUUCGUUGUUGCCCAAUUGACGAUGCUCUUUGAUAUCAAUCGAAUUGCGUCUUUUGUUACGAUGACUUAUCUCAUGACCUUUUUGGUGACCAAUCUCGCCUGUUUUCUUCUCAAGAUCGGAUCGGCCCCCAAUUUUCGACCGUCAUUUCAUUAUUUCAAUUGGCAAACUGCUGCUGCUGGCACCCUCAUCAGCGGACUCAGCAUGUUCUUCGUGGACGGCCUGUAUGCAACAGGCUGCGUUGGGAUACUAGUUAUGAUAUUCCUCCUGAUACACUACACUUCGCCCCCGAAGUCUUGGGGCGAUGUCAGCCAAAGCCUGAUCUACCAUCAAGUGCGGAAGUAUUUACUUCGACUGCGGCAGGAGCACGUGAAAUUCUGGCGCCCGCAGAUUCUACUGUUUGUGAACGAUUUUGAAACGCAGUACAAAAUGGUAUCUUUCUGCAACUCCCUGAAGAAAGGUGCGCUGUUUGUUCUAGGCCAUGUCAUCGUGACAGAUGAUUUUUCCGGUGCAGUCCCGGAGGCGCGUCGCAAGCAGAUCUCUUGGACGAAAAUAAUCGAGUAUUCUAAGAUCAAGGCCUUUGUGAAUCUGGCCGUGUCGCCAAGUGUUGAAUGGGGUGUGCGAAAUAUCGUCUUGAAUUCAGGGCUUGGAGGAAUGCGGCCAAAUAUUGUUGUAAUCGACCAAUAUCGAAAGGCCCAGAAUAUUGCUGGGACCUGGCAAGGGGGUUUUCACGGACGCGAUUCGAGAAGCCGGCGGCUCUCGUCUCAAUGGUCAGCAGGGUUCGAGGACUCGCAGGAGACCGGUCCAAGCCAUUCAGAAAUGAAUUGCAAGAGCUAUGUUACGAUUCUGGAAGACCUCCUUUUCAAGUUGCGCAUCAAUGUUGCUGUCGCCAAAGGAUUCGAAGAUUUGGUGCUCCCAGGUUCUGAAAACCAACACACGAAGAAAUACAUCGACCUGUGGCCCAUUCAGAUGUCCGCAGAAUUCGGCGAUGACAAUGCCAGCAAGCAGAGUGUGCUGACAACAAAUUUCGACACCUACACUUUGAUCUUACAGCUAGGUUGUAUUCUCCACACCGUACCCUCCUGGAGAAAGGUGUACACCUUACGCGUGGCAGUCUUUGUGGAGUAUGAAACGGAUGUCGACGAUGAACGUGGACGCGUUGAAGCAUUACUUGAGAAGUUGCGGAUUGAGGCGGAAGUGGUAGUUUUCUGGCUUGCCUGCGGCGAAUUGAAAGCCUACAAGAUCAUCGUCAAUGGAGACACAACGGGAAUGGAUGCAGAUGCACUGGCCAUGGUCGAUACGGCGUUGAAAGGAGAGAGCUGGUGGCAAGACACCAAGAAAUUUAGGGAGAACACCCACCGAGAUUCGCAGAGCGAAGAUAGAGGCAGGGCUGCCAAACUGCGGGCGGCCAUGUUGGACUGGCAAGGCUCCACAAGCGAAGGCAGCGUGAUGCGACUCAACAGCCCCCGGAUCGGCGGUUUGAGAAAGCUGCUGCGGUCUCCGAAACGCCGGCGAUCUGUUUCUAGCUACCGGACUCUCGGAGGAGUGAAUCUUGGCAUGCAAACACAUCGUCUGCUGGAUGCAUUGGUCGACUAUGAUGCAACCGAUCGCACAAGCAGCUCCUCUAGCAGCGACAGCGAGUUUGAUCCUUACAUAAGUGAAAAUGAUUAUGAAGACGAUGACGAUGACGAUGAAGAAAACUAUGGCAACGAUUACCACAAUGGCGGCAGUGGACGGCCUGGACAACAAGGCCAGGGUAACCUCUCGCUCUCGAACGAGAGGCUCAAUUCAACCACCACCACCAUUCCAGCUAUUGUUACACCGGAUGAGGGCACGUCCCCAAAGACCAACUUGACCGCCGACCGGCCUUCAAUCGCACGGUCACCAUCAAGCAACCGCUUCAGCUCCGCCCCAAUCCCCGAGGCGCGAGUCAAUUUGGAGGAAGAGUCUGGGCCGUCCAUCAUGUUCGCACCUAGCCCCUCAUCGUCACCCCCCAGCAGGCAUCAUUCCAUUUAUCAGCACCGCUCACAUUCCGGAGGCCUCGGAAGUGGUGCCAAACCCCCUGCAAGUGGUUACCCUGGCCAUGCUGCGCUGCCACUUUCGUUCAAUGAUCUACCCAGCCGCGCACAACAUUUGAUUCUGAACGAGCUGAUGGUCAAGCACAGCAGUGAGACUGCGGUUGCCUUCACAACCUUGCCGCCGCCAUUGCAAGGCACCUCCCAGAGCGAGGAGCUGAGCGAGUCCUAUCUCAGCGAUUUGGAGGUGCUGUGGCAAGGCCUGCCGCCGUGUCUGCUAGUCCACAGCAACAGUAUGACGGUGACGAUGAACCUGUAACGAGCGACGACGAGUG